AUGACGCCGAACAAUAAAAAUAUUCUAGUCCGGUAAUAAAAUAGAUUUCUUUCUUAUUGAUCGUAUGAACGGUCGGUAAGGUAUUGUUAAAAUGGACUACAAUGGAAAGUAGGUCAAAUCCUUUCACUCGAAAUUAAUUCUUCAAAGUAUUUACGAUGGCACAAAUAGAAAAUAUAGUUAAACUAGUUAAGCCACACUUUUUGGAAGAAUUAAUUGCUAUUAAAAAGAGUGUUGUGUGAGAUGCUAAAGUGAAAUUAUUUAGCUAUCAAUUAUGUUAAUUAAUAAAAAGAAAUUUAAAUAUGCGAAAUAUUGAAUAAUAUCGAUAGUCGAUUUGAUAUAAGUAGUGGCAUGUUUGUAUUUUAAAUUUUAGUAUUAUUUGCAAAUUUUUAUACUAAGUAUCUUUGCUUUUAUAACACAUCAUUAUUAAUAAUGGUUCAAAUAAAAGAUAAUACCGUCCAAGUAGUAUUUAUUUCUUUAUUAUUGGAUCUUUUGGCAUUUACUAUGAUAUUACCAUUGUUACCUGCCUUAUUAGACUAUUAUAAAGAAAUAGAAGAUGAUAGAGGCAUAUAUUUUAAAAUUUUGUAUUACAUACAAAAUGUAAGAACAUUUUUCGAUGCGCCUGAUAAGGUCAAUACAGUACUUUAUGGAGGUUAGUCUUUUAUUUUAUUUUAUUUAUAUUAUUAAUAUAUUAAUAUGUAUUAACGUAUAUGCUUUGUCUUAUAGGUUUUCUUGGUUCUAUGUAUUCUUUUUUACAAUUUUUGAGCUCUCCAAUAGUAGGAGCGUUAUCAGAUAUGUAUGGAAGAAAGCCACUGAUGAUAUUUUGUUUAACUGGUAUUGCAUUAUCUUACCUAUUGUGGGCACUUUCUUGUAACUUUACAAUAUUUGUAUUAGCAAGAUUUGUUGGAGGUAUUAGUAAAGGAAAUAUUAAUUUAUCAAUGGCUAUUAUCAGUGAUGUUACAUCUCCAAAAACAAGGGGAAAAGCAAUGGCACUUGUUGGUAUAGCAUUUUCUGUAGGCUUUGUAAUAGGCCCAAUGAUAGGAGCAUUUUUUUCAUGGGUUUUUAGUGAUAAUAGAAAUGAGACUUGGUAUAUAAUACCUGCAGUAUUUGCUUUUUUUUUAACAACAAGUGACUUGUUCUUUAUUAUUUGUUACUUAAAAGAAUCUUUACCAUUAAAUCGUAGAACUAAUACAUUCAUAUCUAGUGUCAUUGGAAUUUUUACUUACAUUAAUCCUAUAGAUCUAUUCCAGUUUAAUGGGGUAUCUGGCUUAAAUUUGCAAGGUGAAAUAACAAAUUUAAAAUAUGAGAAAAUUAACAAAAAGAAUUUAAGAACACUGGGUUCUGCAUAUUUCAUAUAUUUAUUUGUAUAUAGUGGUUUGGAGUUCACCUUAACUUUCUUAACUCAUUAUCUAUUUAAGUUUACAAGCAUGCAACAGGGAUGGAUGUUUUUAGGAAUUGGAUUAGUUAUGGCAAUUUUGCAAGGAAGUUGGGUACGAACGAUUCCACCCAAUAAAACAAAAUCUGUUGCAGAAUUGCUACUGCAAUGGUUGUUACAUGUAUGAUGACUCUUGUGACACGUAUUGGGCCUGAUCAUCAAAAAGGUACAAUAACAGGUGUUUUUCGUUCUCUUGGAGCAUUGGCACGAGCUUGUGGACCUAUUGUAGCUUCUUCAGCAUUUUGGUACAUGGGUAGUAAAGCAACAUAUCUCAUUGGUGCUGUAUUCCUUCUUUUCCCACCUAUUAUUCUCCAAACUAUAAAAUCAUUUUGAAAUAAAAGUAUUUACAUAAGUAUUGUAUACUUAUAUCGAUCAGUAUUUUUAUACAUUUUAUGUUUGUUAUGUAAACAUUUGAGAAAGUAUUCUUUAUACACUUAUUGUGUCAUAUAUAAUAUAAAAGAGAUUAUAAUAUAUUCCCAUAUAUAAAUUUCCUUUCUUUACUCUUUUUUUCUUUUACCCAUCAUAUUUAAUAAUUAUCGAUUUAUUGAACAAUUAUCACGUUAAUAAUACUGUGAUAUAACACGUGUUUUUUCUUCGAUAAAUUAAAAGAAGUAAAGGUAAUACUUAAAUAAUAAUUAAUAAUUAAGCUAAUAAAUGCAAUUAAUGGAUAUAAUCGUCAGGAAAGUUAUUGCAAUCGAAGAUAGAAAUAUUUUUUUCGAUUCAAUAGGUCCCUAG